UGCCCAAACUCUUAAACUCAAGCUGCGAGGAAUAAAAACAGCUAAAGCAACGACACCGACCCGUCAUGUUCCAAGAGACGUUCCAAUGAAUUUAUGAAAGCAAAGACUAAAGUACAGAUGCCUCAUGCAACAUCGCAUCGAAUUUCAGAAUCGGACGAAAUUAGCUCCAAGCUCAAGCUGAAUACGAUACAUCUACCCAGGUUACAAACUUCUGAAACACAAUUCCUGAAUCUAGUAUCUCAAGGAUAUGUCGAAGCUGUUGCGAAUUACUUAAAGGACUAUACUGGUUUAAAUGUUAACUGCGCUAACUAUCAGGGCACUACGGCACUUCACUUAGCUGUGCAAAACCGAUCCGAAGCGAUGGUGGAAUUUCUCCUGCGGCAACCAAAUAUAGAGAUUGGUGACACUGUACUACACGCCGUCCGAAAUGGCAACGCUACAAUAUUGGAAAUGCUGCUAGAUGCCCAAAAGAAAAUAUCUCCAGGAUUAGAAUAUGCGGGUGCACCACACUCGAUGGAUUUUCCCAGUCACAUUACGCCGAUAAUGCUGGCGGCUCAUUUGGAGAAUUAUGAGACGGUCGCAUUUCUGAUCGCAAGAGGACACACGAUUGUAAAGCCUCACCAUCCUUGGUGUCAGUGUAUUAAAUGCAACGUGUCCCAAAUUCAUGACGAUCCACUCUACACAAACAGCGCCCGUCUUGCCGCAUACCGCGCUAUUUGCUCCCCUGCCUAUCUGAUCCAGAAGUCUUCAGAUCCUAUUCUCGCCGCCUUCACUCUUUGCGCGGAACUAAUGGUCAAUGCUGAGUAUGACAGACACUUGGCAGUGUCGUAUAUGCAAUUACGGGACACUGUUUCGACCUUUGCCGUUGAUCUUAUUGGCUGUUGUAGAACUUCUGAAGAAGUAGAAUUGAUACUGACACAGACUACAGGAACUCGCGGGCGACGGCAAUUUGUGUUACCGCGAUUGCUCAUGGCAGUCGAUCACAAGCAGAAAGAAUUUGUUGCUCAUCCUAACACCCAACAGGUUUUGGAAUCGCAUUGGAUGGGAGAUUGGUAUAGUUGGAGAAAUAAGUGUUUCCUAGAAAAAGUUGGCAUCAUCAUAGGACGAAUGUUCAUCACUCCCCUAAUUCUCCUAAUGUGUAUGAUGGCGCCAAGAGCCUCUAAAGUUAGACACUGGAGUAUACCGUUAAAUAAACUAAUUACUCAUACAUCCGCGUACUUCAUAUUCUUAGGUCUGGUCUUUUACAUAUCCAAUCAAGAUAAAACCAAGCAGUCCAGAGGACCUCCAAAUACAGGUGCAGAAGCACCCUUAGUCCUAUACAUAUGUGGCUACACAUGGUCGGCGAUACGGAUGUGCCUGAUGCAGGGCCCACGGCGGUAUUUCUGUGAGAUGUGGAACUGGGCUGAGAUCCUUAUGAUCUCACUCUUUGGUUUUACUUUCCUCUUUUGGGUCUUAGCUGCUUUGGAUGUCGCUAUUAAUGAUGAGGAACAUUUGGAACGCAAAUAUUGGAACCAAUACGACCCGACACUCGUAGCAGAAGGAACUUUUUGUUUGGCGACAAUAUUCUCUUACUUUCGGCUAAUGAUGUUUUGCCAACUUAACUACCACCUCGGCCCUCUGCAGGUGUCCUUAGGGAAGAUGACUAUCGACAUUUACAAGUACAUGAUCGUGUUUACGAUAAUAUUAUGUGCGUUCGGUGCAGGCUUAGCGCGUUUAUAUCAAUACUACGACGGAAUGGUUUAUGAGGACGAGUUUGGAAUGAAAACUGUACAGGUAUCUUCCUUCACAAGUCUACGGGAUACUCUAAAUACAUUAUUCUGGGCUUUGUUUUGUAUGGCGCCACUGGAAAGUGCAGACGUGGUGCUGGAGAAUACUGAAAACAUCCACGUCAAGGGACCCAGAAACAAUCGCCACGCAUUCACGGAGCGUAUUGGAUAUUUUUGUUUUGGAUGUUUUGAAGUAAUAUCUGUUAUAGUGGUUUUGAACAUGCUGAUAGCUACGAUGUCGAAUACUUUCCAAAGAGUAACUGACAAUGUUGCAAUUGAAUGGACUUUUGGAAGAACUCAGGUUUACGUAGAUUUCAUAUGGCAGACGACGGUGCCGUCUCCAUAUAACAUGAUACCAACUGCAGCAGCCAUGAGCAGUAUUGUAGAUUGGCUACGCUGUAAGUUGGGAAAACUGUCUGGCGCAAAGGCGCGGUGGUCUCUUUCCUAUUGUUUUUUUAUUGAACGCGAUUUAGAAAAAAAUCUUCAAGAAGAAUUCCCUGCGCUGAUGUCAGUUCUCGUGCAAAGAUACUUCAAACAAAAAGGGAAUAUAAAAGAUACUACUAAAAUUUCCAAUACAAGGAAUUAAAAACUUUGAUUUUAGUAUUUGAG